UGCUCCCUCUAGAGGGACGAGGAAACGAUAUAACGUCUUUGAAAUCAACCCGAUCUCUUUAAAAAAAACGAAUCUUAUUUUAUACCAUUGGUAACUAAUGACUGUUUUUAUUUUACGUAUUUUUCGAGAAGGAAAUUGAACGUCCCGUCCGUGACUGGGGACUUUGCUCGGUGAAGGCAGAACGCAGGGGGAGGCCGUGGGUUAUUAGGAGAGCGAUGAGCUGGUUAAUGUUCAGCCAUACGGCGGGGCCCAGAGUGCUGCAUAGUCUCCUUUCCGUGCACUCUAGUGCUGCUUCCCUUAGACUGUCUUCAAAAAUGGCUUCACAGUCCCAGUGGUUAACUCCAGAGGAAAGGGAACAACUUCUUCCAGAAUUAAAAGCAGCUGGAUGGGGGCAAGUUGAAGACCGGGAUGCCCUUUUUAAAGAAUUUUCUUUCAAGAAUUUUAACCAGGCCUUUGGAUUUAUGACACGUGUGGCUUUACAGGCAGAGAAACUGAAUCAUCACCCUGAAUGGUUCAAUGUGUACCACAAGGUGCAGAUAACUCUUUUGACACACGACUGUGGUGGUCUAUCCAAAAAAGAUGUGAAAUUGGCAAAGUUCAUCGAACAGGCAGCUGCUUCAAUAAAUUAGUCAUUUUUAUGCUUUUAUAAAAGGAUUAUUAUGAAAUGUGAAUUCUGAAGUGAUACUGAGCCCCUUAAAGCAGGUGAGAAGUAGUCAAACUAAAAUACUGAAAUAGGUAUUCCCAAAUUUAAAGCAUAUUCCUUGAAAUAUUUGGAUCACAGAUGCUGAGGCUGGAAUUGCACUGAGUGGAAAGUUAUUUCUCUAAUUCUCUGUUCUCUUAUCCGUGCAAUAUAAUACGUAAGAAAUGUUGAAACAAUAAAGAAACAAGAAAUUUGUAUCAGUGCAGAAAUAUCAGACUUGCCCUUGAACUUGGCAUUUGCUGGGUUUAGUUUGAGUGAUAUCAGAUCUAAGAAAGACAAAUUUCCAUUAAUAUUAGAGUGCACUUCUCAGAGUAACUAUGUAUUUGAAUAUUAAGGGUGAGGUUUCAACUCUCCUUACAACGAGCGCACUUACUCAUUUAAAAUCAAGUUCUUGUUGUCGACACACAUGCACUGAGAUACAGUGAAAAGUAUUGUUUUGCGUGCUAACCAGACAUAUCAUACCUUGCAUAAGUACUUCAUCAGGGUAAUAGAAUAGAAUGCAGAAUGUAGUGUUACAGCUACAGAGAAGGUGCAGAGAGAGUCAAUUUUAAUAUAUGAGAGCAUAUCUACUUUGUAUCACAAUUGUGACAAUGUUUUUCUUUUAUAAAUUUCACCGUCAUUAUUUAUAAAGAAGUUGUCUGCGCUUUGUCAUCCCCAUUGUGCUGGUUGUUUUAGCACUUCCAUAUAGCAAUGCCCGAUUCUUUAGUCUGUACUGCAACAAAGCUCUUAUGCUUUGAUUGACUUUGCUAUUCAGCUAAAAGUGAUAUAAAAGCAAAUACAAAAUAAAGACCUAAUGUAAGAAUUCACAAUGCAAGGUUAAUUACAUCUGUGUGCCUUGCUGUUCUAUCCGAAGAGAACAUUUUCUCUCAAUCUCUCAUCUGUAACUAUGGAAGAUGAACUAACAAACUUACAGUAAAUUAGCGCUUAGUAAGUGAAUAAACUAACAUUUUAGAGCAGGGCUUCCCAAACUAUGGGUUUUACAUUUGCCCCCACCCCAGUCAGCUGAGAGGCUUUUCCAAAUCUUUGUGCUUUUUUUUGUCAGUGAGUGUAACUUAAUGGAAUUCACUGGAUCCAGAUUGCUGCUGCUCCAAAUAAGCCUGCAAAUCAUUAAUGCUUGCUUUUGCUUUGGAGAUACCUGUCGUUUCAUCAACAGCCCUCGGGCUCAUCUGGUCAUUCAGCCCCUCCCUCUCUUUUUUUUUCUACCCUCAACCAUCCCCAAAUGCUGACCACCCCCCCCCCCUCAAAUGAUCAGAAGUCCUUGUGUUUCUCAAAUUUUCACAAAACUGAAACAUUAUAAUGGAACCACAUCAGGAAAUAGGAUUGGAAAGCAUUGGCUUCAAGGUAUCACAGAAGAGUGAGUGGACAGUGAAUUCCUACACUACUUUUAAGUUCCCAAUUUUAGCGACGUUGCUGUCAGAAUAGGUGGUAUGACUUACCAAUAGCCACCUUCAAGUGCAGCUAUAUGCUUUGGCUUUAUAAAGCAUUGAUUGAAUAUAUUAAUGUUUAAACUGUCUUUAAUUUGUUUUAUCAAAAACACAUAUCUCAUUAAUCAAGUCAUGUCUAAGACACUCUGUAGAACAGUGUCCUCAAAGCGUGGUGUGUAGACUGUUGGUGGUCCGUGAGUUGGUCUAAAGUGCAAGUCAUUGACACACAACAGCACAGCUGUGACUGUAGAAUCUGCAUCCCCACUAUUCAUGUUAUGUCAUACAAACAGACUGGUUCCAGUGUUUUUGAUACAAGUCAUCAUAAAUGCAAGUAGUAGGGUUUCAUGGGCAAGAUUUAUGCUGCUGUAGUUUUUGGUUGAUGGAAAUAGAUGUAGGUUAAGUAUUUCCUCUAAAAUUAUUGUGAUUUUUCUGAUACAUUAGAAUGUUUCAAGUGAAGAAAUUGUCUGUUAGUACUAAUGGUUAGAAUAUGCAAACAUCUAUGCCUAUUUCUGGCAUUCACUUAUGCAUAAUUUUCUUAAAUAUUGCGUGAAUGUAUUACAUUUAGUAGUGAGAAUGCAGCAAAAUAUUUAUAGUUUCCAUAGUUCCCACGAAUUCUUGAGAUGUCUUUUUCUUGAGAUGUGAAGUGAAAAUGGGUCAACUAGAACACUUAGUCUGCAAGGUUUUUGCCCCACCGUAGGGUCUGUGGAUGGCAACGGUUGACACCCUUUGUUGAAAGAAAUAAAAGCUUCUGGCAGGUGCUAGCAUUUCAGUUGUAGAAAAGUUUAAUAGCUUCAUGGUGAAAAAAUAUGCAGACAAGGAGUAUCAAGGUUGAACAAGGAGCAAUGGAUAAAUG